GUAGCAACAAGUUAUGACAUUUUGGGAUUAGUGUACAACAGCCUGGGAGAAUACAACCAAGCCAAAGAACUUCACGAAAAAACACUGACGAUUCGAAAAAAGAAUUUUAGUGAGGAUCAUGCCGAUGUAGCAACAAGUUAUAGCAACUUGGCAUCAGUGUACAUCCGUCUGGGAGAAUACAAUCAAGCCAAAGAACUUACCGAGAAAGCACUGACGAUUUACAUAAAGAUUUUUGGUGAAGAUCAUGCCGCUGUAGCAAGAAGUUAUAUCAACUUGGCAUCAGUGUACAACCGCUUGGGAGAAUACAAUCAAGCCAAAGAACUUUACGAAAAAGUACUGAUGAUUAGAAAACAAAUUUUCGGUGAAGAUCAUAAGUGUGUAGAAAGAAUUCGUAGUGACUUGGAAUUAGUAAACAAGCAACCUGUAAGCAGUCGAGCUGAGGAUCGGCACGAGAAAGCACAAAGAGAAUAAAGGAGGUUAUGUUGAGAAACACACGGAAAGCUGCAAACAAAGAACAGCGUUAGUUCACGCCCAAAAACUUGCUACAAUAAAUAUCUAGUUUACGUCAUGUAGAAAUUUAUCUGAGGUAUUAACCUUUAUUUCCACACUACCUGGUUAUGGUAGACUGCGAGCCAUCUCUCUUUUUCUUCAGAUUUAGUGAGGGGAGUUCACGCGCGUGCGAGCGUCGAGCGGCCGCGAGACGCGAGGGCGCGAGAUACGAAAAUGAAAAAGAGAUAACAGCUUCUCUCUUUUCGUGCCUUUCCCGUCUCGCGCCUUCAGUCACGCGCGUGGUCGUUUGCGUGUCUCGCGCGUUUUGCUCGAUGGACCAAGAAAAAAGAGAGACUGCUCGUAGUCUAUGGUUAUGGAAAAUUGCUAUAAACAUAUGAAGUAUGGGGGACUUGAAUGGCCGUUAUGUUUUUUUUUGUUUAUCAGGCCGGAGGAGUAAAGCGGAAAAAGAAUUUGCUGAGAGGUGGGGUUAAAACUUAAACACUUUUAUUUGGAUGAGAUGCGAGUUCUUUUUGGAAUUCACCACUAAUUCACCACUUUAUUUUUGUUUUCGUUCUUUAUUUUUCUAUCACUCUUCCUGCCGUAAGGAUCAGUUUACUGUUUUUGGUUCUUUUUGGAUCAACUUAUCACUGAAAUUUACCCACACCAAUUAGAGUGUGAAUCAACGGUCAACACCCCAGCCCCCUUCCCAAGCUCGAAGGGCACUUCCAUAUUUGGCCUAAACCUGUAGAUGCCGCAGUGUAUUGUUUGGAGGGUGUUAAGUUUUAAAAAGGGCAGACGGUUUCCGGCUCCACAUUCAAAGUCCUUGUAAUUAACCUGUCCUUUGAUAACGCUACUGUACCUGCGUGCUUCAAGGAAGCUGUUUUAGAUCCAAUACUUAAGAAGGACUCACUCGACCAUGAGGCUCAUAAAAAUUUCAGCCCCAUCUCAAAUCUAAGAUUUGUCUCUAAAGCACCUUAAAAGGUGGUAGCCCUACGCCUUAAUCAACAUCUUGUCAAUAACAAUCUACAUGAGAUGUUUCAAUCAGCUUAUCGAAUGGGACAUAGCACUGAAACAGCUCUCACUCGUAUUCACAAUGACAUUUUACUCGCAAUCGACGAUAAUAGUUGCGUCAUACUCGUGUUACUGGAUCUUUCCGCUGCUUUCGACACAGUAGAUCAUGACAUACUACUUGGUAGACUUGAACAUCGUUUCGGAAUCACCGGAAAGGCCUUAUCUUGGUUAACGUCCUACUUGACAGACCGCACCCAAUUUGUCAUAGUGGCAAAUGAGCACUCCACCAGUCGAAAGCUUCUCUGCGGUGUCCCCCAAGGACCGCACCCCUUACAGACAUAAUAAGACAACAUGGCUUAAACUUUCACUUCUAUCCUGACGACACGUAGUUAUACCUUUCGUUUAACCCAAAGGCUACUGGAGAACCGAUGCACUCACUGUCUCUUAUUCAGUCAUGCAUCAGCGAUAUUACCAACUGGAUGACAUCAAACAAGUUGAUGCUGAACAGUGACAAGACUGAAUUCCUUGUGUUCAACGCUUGCCAUCGUCUUCGUCCUCCAAUGGAGUCUAUUACAGUUGGCCGUGACGUGAUACAUUCUUCACAUGCCGCAAAGAACAUAUAUAGGGGUCUGGUUCGAUAAAUUUCUAUCAAUGGACAAACAAGUGAAAGCAGUCUGCAAAUCGGCCUUCUUCCAUCUGCGCAAUAUCGCCAAAAUUAGGAAAUAAAUAUCGUUUACUCACUGCAAGAGAGUUUUAAUAAAUGAAUUUAUUACGUCAAAACUGGACUACUGUAACUCUCUCUUAUCUGGGCUUCGACAGGAUCAUAUUAACAAACUUCAUCUUGUGCAAAAUUCUGCCGCACGUCUUUUGACUUAAACUAGGAAACAUGAACAUAUUUCACCCAUCUUAAGGUCUCUUCAUUGGUUGCCUAUUCCGGAAAGAACUGAUUUUAAACUUUUACUUCUUACAUUUAAAUCACUUAAUGAUGUAGCACCGCCUUAUAUGGAAGAACUGUUAGUUCGUUAUAGACCAACAACAGCUCUGCGUUCUGCAGAUAAAGGACUCUUAGUACAAACUAAAUACAACCAGUUAAAACCUAUGGUUACAGAGCUUUUUCGCACGCAGCUCCUAAGAUAUGGAAUUCCAUGCCAGUCAGUAUAAGCACAAGUUGUGAGCUGGGCGCUUUCAAAUCAAAAAUCAAAACAUUUCUUUUAAAGCGUGCUUUUCAGCUGUAAUUUUAUUUUAUUUAUUAUUAUUAUUAUUAUUAUUUUUUUUUUCAUUGUAAUAUUUUGUUAGGUUUAUUACCAUUAGUACUCAUUGUAAAGCGCUGUGGAUCACUAAGAGAAAGGCGCUUUAUAAAUGUAUAUUAUUAUUAUUAUUAUCAUCAUCAUCACUGUAAGCAAUCAUCCCGUCAGUUUGUAAAAGUGAUUGUAAGUAGAGAUGGUCAGUCAUUUACGAGAAUGGGCUCUUCUAAGCGACAAUGAGAUAAACUUAUUGAAAGCGCUAACGUACAAGGGAUUUUCGCAAAAGGCUUGGCACAUGCUUUUAAUCAACACUACAUUACGAUGAAAUAAUUUUAAUUAGGACCUUUUUAUUGAUGUGUUCACUCCAUGUUAACGAACCAUGCCCCUAUGCUAUGGCUUAAACCUAAACUGAAUUUGCUCAUGGAGUUAGUCCUUUUAUUCAUCAAGUGUUGACUACAGGGUCAUUGCUAUCAAGAACUUACUAUCCUCCUUCUUUGUACUCUAGGACAAAGAUAUGACGAGCUUCUACGUGACAAAAGUUGGCGUUUUUUUUAAAUUACGUCUCAUCUUCAACCUUUUUAUACAUGCGCAUAUAUUUCCCACCCCCCUCCCACCCGGGGACUCCGGGGACUCUAAUUUGAAAACCAUGACGGGGAUGCUCGUCGCAGGUUUUGGUUUCACUUAGGGCGUUCAGGACCAUAUUUUUACCUACAAAGGUAUUGAAUUCUCUCUCCUUUAGGAGCCAAGCCAAGAAUGGUCUCCUUGAGAGGUUUAAUUUUUGUUUUUCGACGAGGAUUAGCCUGCGAACAGCAGACGUAUUUCGUAGCUGUCUGCUGUUCGUAGGCUAAACGAGCAUACGCUUCCUUUAAUUUUUUUAAGGGUUUCCCUCCCUCUAGGGCUCCGUAGGCCGAGGUAUACUCCCUAUGAUGGCCUAUACGGAGAGGCUCCGCCCGAUAGGGGUUUAUUUUAUUAUUUUUUUUCAGGCUUCAGGUAGGUGACCGGGUAGAGAUUUCAUUAGUGGAAGUAUUUAAAAGGGUGGGGAAAUCUGUAAUUUGUUUCUGUAAAAGGGCCCAAAAGGGCUAACAGAUAAAUUUUAUGGCUUUAUUAAGUCGAGAAAACGUUCCAUGUUUGUGUUUAAUUCCUAGUUGAAAGACAUGUAAAGGAUGCAAAGUUCUAAAGGAGGUAUGUGAAAAGGGUACCAUUCGUCAAUAAAAGGUAUACGAAAGGGGUACCUUUUUCGUGAAAAAAUGGUAUAUAAAAGGGUAAGGGGUUGGACCUCGGGGUGCCGCAACCCCCGUUCUAGACUUGAUCACAAGUCGAGCUUUUUCGACCAGAAAACCAUGCGAACGACUUUGAAAAAGUCUACCCCCCUUCCCCUAAGAGGAUCUGUACUUUCAACAAAUAGCGUGACUGUCUAAAAUAGCGUGACCGUCUGUAUUAUAUUGCUCACGUGAUCACAAUUUCCAUCAGAUCACUUUCAUUUUCUGCAGUUCCGCUUUUUCAUCGUACCGUACCUUGGAUUCUUUUGGGCAAGGUGAGUAAUUUUGCGUUGGAUAUUCAGCUUAACAUAGCUUGAAAUUAAUCCAGGCAAAUUCUUUUGUGAUAGUUUGGCACAAUAGGACGUUUUGUAUGUGCUGGCCGUUAAAUAGAUCUACUCGGUUAAAGUCCGUCUGAAGCGUUUUAACAUAUCGUCGUGUUUGGUCCGACGUUUAAUGGCCUCGGCAUAGGUAAUUGUCGCCACUGUCUUGAGUCCUGUUUGAUGCGUGGUGUAGAGUUUGAGGUGAACAAAAGGGUUCAUUUGUAAUGAAUUUCUUCUUCGUCGAAACUGUUAUAAUGUUCACCACACAACAUUUGCCGUGAAUACACCUCCUUACACUGUCCUCACUGCGAGAUUAUUGAAAACUGGAUUAUCAUGACCGCUUAUGGUCGCUCUUUCGCUAACAAUACGUGCAUAAAGGGGUUGUUAACAUCCCAUAGCCUGAAUAAUACGUCGAUCGCAGUGGGUCAAUCGUUGUCCACGAUCAAUACGGAACAUUUUUCAUGUUUGGAACACUGCCAAAUCAUCAUUCAGUUUGCAAUUAUUUGUGUGCUGUGAUGACUGGGUAAUCAUUCAUAAAUUUCAUCCCUGUCAGUCCUAAACGUGGCUAAGGUACAAAUUCCGCCAAAGAGAACGGCCAAAGAGAGAGAGGUUUCAUUUUAAUUGUUAUCACUUCUGCUAGAUAAACAAGCCUUCGAACGCGGACAUUUAUUUCCAGUCGGAAUCUCACGUGAGCUUCCCACCCAGAGUCGCGUUCUUUAGGGCUUCGUCACGCGUUCAGAACGUCUGCGUGGGUGCGGGUACACCAUUAAAAGGUCCACAAGUACAACUUAAAAACGACGGGUAAUCUCACCAUAACUUAGGGUCUGGAAGGGUAUUUGUGGGAUUCGGGAACUGACCAAAAUACGGUGCGGGAUUCGGGAAAAACGCAAAAUAUCUUGACGGGAAACGGGAUUUGACUUCUACCAGGGAAGCGGGAUUCACCAGAAUUUGGGCAGGGGAUGCGGGAUUUUCUGUCCUGUCUGUCGCGAAUUCAGGAAGUCGUAAGUUCUAGCGGCAAAUGCGAAGUCAAACAGGUGAGCGUUCACUAGUGUCUCCUAGUAUGAAAGCAAACCAGGGGCGGAUCUAGGGGGAGGGUGCAGGGGGUGCGCACCCCCCCCUCCCCAGAGAUGACCUGCGGUUUUCUAAUACAACUGGUAUUCUGCAAAAGAAAAAACUAUGUGGUUUAUUGGUGUUGAAGUAGAACAAGAGAUGAGUGCACCCCCUCCUAAAAAAAAUCCUGGAUCCGCCCCUGCAAACUAUAAAAUGAUGGUAGGUAAUGAUUGCUUAAUUGGAACUGUCAAGUAAUCAUGAUCAACAGACGAGCGUACAGAAGACUAGUCUGCUACACAGCCGUUUUUAGUGUCGUCACGCAACGCUCCUCCCCAGCAUUGCGUGACGACACUAAAAACGGCUGUGUUGCAGACUAACAGAAGACCCACUGUUUUAACUGGAUGCCAGAAAAGUACACAUGACUUAGUGCUUAUGCUGAAGCUCUUUACAUUUAUUGUGUCUUGAAGAAAUAAUUUAAUCGGUUUAACUUUAGAUAUAGCGGGGGAAGCGCAAAGAGUGAGCAGAAAAAACAUUCGAGGAGGUUCGGGGCUGGGAGAGAGGGGGAAGAAAUCCUCCUCCUCCUUUCUCUUUCCCUCAUCGUUUUUUCCUCCUUUUCCCCUCCGCUUUGUCAAACUGAGGUACGAAAAGCUAUUUCUUUCUUGCAAUGGCCGUAAAACACUCGUAAAUUCAAAAUAUCAAUUGAAAAGGGCCAAUCUACACCUUGUAUUUAUUGGUUUUCAAAGCAAUUAUUCUUUUUUAACGUAUGUAAUUUGGAGACAAAAACGGGAUUCAGGAAAGAGAUGAAAAAAAUGGGGGAUGUGGGAUUUUCGUGACAAAGGAGUGGGCGCUCUUCCAGACCCGGAUGACUCGGUCUAGGAUUGAAAGAGAUAAAUGUACUUUUUUAACUGACAUUCUUUUCGCGCACUCUUUUCCUGUCUAUGGGACGGUGGUGCUACUCGUGACAACCCCACCCUACCAUGCUCUACUCCAUAGCCUGUUUUUUUGGGGGGGAGCUCUGGAGUCAACAAUGCUUGCAUAUCAUUUCCAAACAAACAGGAUUUACCUCCCUCCUGCUUUUUAUCCUUCUUUUAUUCUAGUAAUAUUUACCUCUAGAAUAUAUGUUACCCUCAACUUGCCAAUUAAUUCAAGCGCUAGUCGAAACGGCCUUGAACACAAAAAAAUAUUAUUGUACUGCAUUGAUUCAAAUAGACUUUCAGUUUUCACUGGUUGGUUUUAAAAAUGGAGCAGGAGAUACUGACGUUGAAUGAUAACAUACUUAUCAGUUCAUGAUCUAAUUGACGCCUCCACUCAUAUAAACGCCUGUUGUCCACCGCCCCCCCCCCUACCCCCACGCUUCUAGGUUUGUAUUGGACGCCUCUCACUAAUGAACACCACUUGUCUAAUAGACGCUAUCUCAUGACAAUAACUCCAGAAUACUAGGAAAAGUGCUUAAUUAACAUGCUUAAUUAACAUGCGUUUGCACAUUUUAUUUCAUAAUUUGCUCCGGUGAAAAACGCGCUUUUUGAUAUUAUUGAUGUACUCAAUACGUCAGCAACUUUCUCUCGGACGGAAAACUUGGGAUGAUGGGACAGAGUCUCUCCCUUUCGUUUUCCUCCUUCCCAUCAACCCUCGCUCUCCCUUCAGUCACGUAUGCUCUCCAAAUAGAGACGACUGGGGAUGAGUCAUCCCCCUGUCUAUCUCCCACCCCUCCCUACUCUUUAAACUUAUUUAACAAAUCUUUUAAGCACGUCAUGAACAAGGCACCGGAAAAGCAUGUUGUGUAUUUGGCCUGGCGUCUCUUAUUUAACGGAGUUUAUAAUUAGCUACUAGCUUUUCAUAAUCUUUUGCGAUUCCUGUGUUCAUCAUAGGUCUCUGGUUCACAUUUCAAUAUGAAUAAGCAAACAACCUACUUUUGAUCUGACUAAAAGUAAGUUAGAAACAAAUUAAAUAUCUUUCACAGAAUUGAAAGUUGGUCAGAUGGAAUACUCGCAAGAGCAACUUAACUACUUCAGACUCUGCUACAUAGCAUUUGAUUUGGUUCCAGCAGGACUGCGGCAGAUUUUCAAAAACGAAUGGGAUUUCCUCUAUAAAGCAACGUCGAUUGGAGAAUGGAAAGACACGGCACAAAAUGGUCUUGAUUUCUUCAACAAUGAAUCUAAAGCAAGUCACAAGAAAAACGCCCGGUGUCUGGCAACAAUCCACAAUGGUAACACGGCAAAGUGGGACUGCACCUGUCUGUUUUUUGCCAUCCUGUACUCAGACACUGUUGGCAGCACUUUAAGUCCAACUGUCUGUAAAUUGGUCGAUGAUGUUCGUCAGGUGCGAAACGCGAUCGCUCAUAUCACCGAGGCUAGGUUGACAGAUGCCGACUUCCAAACUUUUGUAGACAGAGUGUUGAAGGAUUUUACCUCCCUUGGUCUUUCUGUAACUGAGAUUCAAGAAAUAAAGAACCAGACGACCUUUCCAACAAACGAAGUGGAAAAAAUUAAGAAGCAAGUUCGUGAUCUCCAAGCCGAGUUAGAUCAGACAAAAAGCACUCUUCAAAGUACAGAAGCUGCCCUUGUUUCUACAAAAGAAGAAAACAAAUCUCUUACACAGGAAAUAAGUUCGAAACUUCAGUCAUUUUGCAUUCUCGCAUCGCGCCCACCACAUGUUAUCAUUAGGCGCUCGUAUGAUAUUGAAAGAAUCAUUAACAAAAUGGAGGAACUUUACAAGAGUUCCAGCGGAGCAGUCAGUACAGUGUAUUUGUCAGGAAAUCCAGGAUGUGGCAAGAGCCAACUUGCUCGGGAAAUUGGACAACAGCUCUUUUAUGAACAAAACAAUGAUCUUUUCUUUGCUGCGACACUGAACACAGAAAACAUUGAGACACUUGUUGACUCUUACCUCACCCUUGGAAGACACCUAGGGAUAACAGAAUACGCGUUGACAAGCUUAGAAUCUUUAAAAAAUGUGAAACCUAUUGAAGCAAUUAAACAGCUCCAUCGCUUGAUUAUGCCGAAGACCAGCAAGUUUGCCAAAUGGUUGAUAAUAGCAGACAAUGUGAUUGACUUACGCUUAGUCCGCGAGUUGCUUCCUCAAACUGGCAGUAAAGAAUGGGGCCAUGGGCAAGUGCUGAUUACCACCCAAGAUAGUGGUACAAUUCCUCAAAACGCUCCUCACACGUAUCAUCAAUCGUUUAGCAAAGGAAUGGGGCGCGACGAGGCAGUGGAAUUGCUGGAAACAGUAUCGCAAAUUUCAGAGCCAGGACAAGAAGAAAAUGUCGCUGAUCUUCUCGAUUUUCAGCCGCUGGCUUUAGCGGCUGCUGCUUAUUACGUGCAAACUGUUGUGACAGGUGGGUCUUCAAAAUAUGACUGGAAAGCAUAUCUUCAAGACAUAUCAACAUACAGCCAGCGAAAAACGACCGAAACUGUCCUUGCUAAUGAGAGUUCAGCCUACGCUAAAACAACAAUGGCCGCAGUAGAAAUGGCUAUCCAGAGAGCUGUUGAAACAGACGAGGUUCUUCGUCAUACAUUCUCUUUUCUGUCGGUCUGCGCUAACGACGACCUACCACUCGAAACUGUUUUAAAGUUCGUCAAAGCCCAAGUAAAAGACCAGCCAGAGGUUUUAAUGAAAGCAAAGAUUGUAAAGUCCUCUUUAAUUCUUGUUCAUUCCGAAGAAGGUGGUGAACGAACUUAUUUACGUUUACACAAAAUUGUUCAUGAAGUUUUGAAAAGAGGCGAGAUACCUUACCUGAAAUCAUUUGUGAGUGACCACACCAUGGCAGAAGCGGUAAAGAUUUUCAAGGUUGAACUUGACGAAAAUGAAGGAAAUUAUGCGUUUUGUAAAAAAUUGAGGUCCCACUGUGAAUCUUUACUUAAGCAGAUGACGUCAGAGUUUAGUUUGGAUCAAACCACUUUUUUAGAAAGGUUUGCGCCCUUCCUAGAUUUGAAUACAAUUAUUGAUUGGCUACGUACUCUCGCGUGGGUCUGUCAAAAAAGCUCCUAUUUCUACUUUGCGAAACUUGUGGCCAACUUAGCUCACAAUCUAUUGGGCAACUUAGACGACACUUCAACGGGUGCGGUAACUCUUGAAUGGAAGGUUUUGAACGUGAGUGGAGUGGUAUACAACAACCUGAAAGAAUACAAUCAAGCCAAAGAACUUCACGAAAAAGCACUGAUGAUUUCCAAAAAGAUUUUUGGUGAAGAUCAUGUCAAUGUAACAACAAGUUAUAACAACUUGGCAUUAGUGUACAUCAAC